UUGUUCAAUGCUAGCUAGCUAGCUAGUUCAGCUCAUCACGUUUCACCAUUUUUUCGAGGAUAGAGACAGUUGAGCAAGGUGAAAAUUGUAUUUCUGCAACAUGACGAAAGGAAGAAAAGAUCUGGGAGACAUUACCUCCCACAAUAUAAAGCAGCUGAAGAAACUCAACUCGGUUGUCUUCCCUGUAUCUUACAAUGAUAAAUUCUACAAAGACGUCCUAGAAGUAGGAGAACUGGCCAAACUUGCAUAUUACAAUGACAUUGUUGUCGGAGCUGUGUGCUGUAGGAUAGAUACAACAGAACAGGGAGCAAGACGUUUAUAUAUCAUGACCUUGGGAUGUCUUGCACCAUACAGGAGACUUGGGAUUGGAACCAUGAUGCUCAAACAUGUUCUAGAUUUCUGCGAGAAGGAUGGACGCAUAGAUAAUAUAUACUUACAUGUCCAGGUCAAUAACGAUUCUGCCAUCGACUUCUACAAAAAGUUUGAAUUUGAGAUCAUCGAAACGAAAGAGCAUUACUACAAACGCAUCGAACCCGCCGACGCACACGUACUUCAGAAGACUCUACGAUCCGCCGUUGCUCAACCGUCGUCAUGAGAGGGAGCCUUUGAAGUGUCGUAUUUCAUUGAACUUUUGAGUCAUAAUAGUUAUGGAAAUUGUGGAACUAUGUGGUCCUAUACUCAGUGUGUGACUGCAGUAUCGGAGAGAAUGGAGAAACUUAUUAGAUAAAACUUAAGUAGGGACCUUCAAUGACUAGGAGACGAGAUGUGUAGGUGAGGAGGAAAAGAAAUACCUUUGGAUGAAGACAUUUCUGUAUCCAAAUAUUUUUAUCGAAUACAGUUUGACCCCCCAAAAAUAUGUUGAUGACGUGAUCAACUACGUCUGUGUCGUUUGGCUACCCAUAUUGAAACAUGUCAUCAAGUCAUUGUAUUUUUCAGCGCAAGUCCCUGCCAUUGAUAUCCAUAAUUUGGAUAGAUCUCGUGCGCUGCUGCAAUGUAGCUGUAUCCGCCUAUUGAAAGUGAUGGUCCAUGCUUAUUCAUAAAAAGCAGACUACUUUAGUUGCUAAAUUGAAAGAUAAAAUUGCCUGAUCUUUGACCUUAUCGAGUGCGCAUACACAUCUAUUCAUCUUCUCUUUAUUGCCAAGCUUUCCAAUAUACAUGCACCUAUGUUGGGCAAUAUUUUAGAAUUACUC